CCACUUCCUGUGAAUCCUUCGAUACGAUUGGCUGAGCAAGUCUCGGUCUUUCUUUCCUUCGUCCCUGAGAGUGACGGUACCAAGAUGAACGACAGCGUCACCAUUAGAACCAGGAAGUUCAUGACCAACAGGCUGCUUCAGAGGAAGCAAAUGGUCAUAGAUGUCCUUCAUCCUGGAAAAGCUACUGUCCCAAAGACAGAAAUCAGGGAGAAGCUGGCAAAAAUGUACAAGACAACCCCAGAUGUGAUCUUCGUCUUUGGUUUCAGGACUCACUUUGGUGGUGGCAAAACUACUGGCUUUGGCAUGAUCUAUGAUUCUCUAGAUUAUGCAAAGAAAAAUGAACCCAAACACAGACUGGCCAGGCAUGGACUCUAUGAGAAGAAAAAGACUUCCAGAAAACAGCGUAAAGAAAGGAAGAACAGAAUGAAGAAAGUCAGGGGUACAGCCAAAGCUACUGUGGGUGCUAGUAAAAAGAAAUAAAGUGAUCAGCAGUGAGUGUGAGGAUAGUUUUCACAGAAGGAUUAAAGGAUCCCAAGACUGCCUGAAUGAAGAGUGUACUUCAGCCCUGGAUCUUGUAAUAAAAUGUAUAAAAAUUG